GAGGUGACGUUGCCGACCACUGCCGAAGAUAUCGCGAAGCUGUGUGAAGCAGUUCCUCCAGAUUUAGUGGACCUGAUUCGAAAAUACCCCGAGAUUUUCCCGGACGACCUACCUGCAGGACUCCCGCCAAGCCGACCCGAAGACCACCGCAUCGAGCUCGAACCAGGCGCACAACCGACAGUACAGCGACAAUUUCGUCUCAGCCAACUAGAACUCGAAGAAUUGCAGCAACACCUGGAUUACCUUCUGACGAAGGGUUUUAUCCGGCCCAGCACAUCCCCAUACGCCGCCCCGAUACUGUUCACACCGAAAAAAGAUGCAUCGACUAUACUGUACUGUCUAUCAUACGAUUUUUUCGUUCCAUGCCAACUAGCCACCAUACUCCCCCAGUCCAUCAGGUAGUCGAGCAGCGACACCGUCAUCAAGUGG